GGAUAUCAACAAUUCUAUUUGAAUACGGUUUGGCAUAAGUUUAGUAGAGUGCUUGUUAGUAGCAGUUCGUUACCGGUCAAGUGCUCGUUAGGAGAUUUGUUUUGUUUGUGUGUUUGUUCAAGUUUGGUGGUAAGGAAUAUUCAAUCAGCAAAUGCAAGUUUACUGAAAUAACUCCAACAAUAUUCAAACUGUCAUGGCCACCCUGUCUUUUCCCGACUUAUGUCGGUUGUUUUGUUGCCCCCCUUGCCCAGCUCACAUUGCUUCAAAACUUGCAUUUAUUCCACCUGAUCCCACCUACUCGGUGAUGCCGGAUGAAACUGGGAACAAGUAUAUGCUGCAUCUCACUGAUCGAGCUGAAUGGCAGUACUCGGAGCGUGAACAACAAGCAUUGGAGGUAUUUUUGGUUCGUACGUCUCGAGGCAAUCGUGUUGCUUGUAUGCAUGUAAAGUGCACGACCACUGUCCCAGUAAGCAAAUACACGCUUCUAUUCUCACAUGGAAACGCAGUAGACCUUGGACAAAUGAGCUCAUUUUACGUGGGACUCUCGGCUCGCUUAGGAGUCAAUAUUUUUUCAUAUGAUUACUCGGGUUAUGGCGCCAGUGCUGGACACCCGACGGAGAAAAAUAUCUAUGCUGACAUUGAAGCAGCUUUUCAAUCACUGAGACAAAGGUACUCAGUAAGCCCUGAACACAUUAUAUUGUAUGGGCAAAGCAUUGGUACAGUGCCCACUAUUGACCUUGCAAAGAAAUACGAAUGUGGUGCCGUCAUUCUACAUUCCCCUUUACUAUCGGGUCUACGUGUGGCGUUUCCAGAUACCAAACGUUCAUGGUGUUUCGAUGUCUUCCCAAGCAUAGAAAAAAUUCCCAAAGACCUCCCUGUCCUUGUGAUUCAUGGGACAGAAGAUGAGGUGAUCGACUUCUCACAUGGUCUUGCCAUUUACGAGCAAUGCCCUCGGGCUGUAGAACCACUCUGGGUUGAAGGUGCCGGCCACAAUGACAUAGAACUGUACAGCCAAUAUGUGGAAAGGUUACGUCAGUUUAUCCACAACGAAUUGCCCUAAACUCACAUUACUCGUUAAUCCUGUGAAGAAUGCCUGCGUACUGUUGCUGAUGAUCUGCACAUUUGAUUGGAAUAAUCUACAAUUACUUUCAUAAUCUUUGUAACAGGUCAAUUAAGAUCUUCUAUCAGGACUGUGGAGUAUUUUUGUACAAAGUUAUUUUUAAAGUAACUCGCGCAAAAGAAUGUCUAUUUUUAGUGUCGGCUGUUUACACCGAUAUAUUUCAUAAUUUGUUGUGACUUGUGAUUAUAUUGUUUCGGUUGCCUUGCUGUUUCCAGGAACCUCAGAUUUCGAACUAUCAUAAACUGUACCAAGAUUUAAAUUAAAAUUUUUUAUGUAUUGUGGUACGUAUAUUAAUAUUAUCACUUUCUGUUUCUGUUUUUCUGAUCGUACAAAAUUAAAGUGGGAAUUUUCCCACUAAAUCUACUUCAUCUCCAACUCUGCUGGUGGACUAACAGUAAAAGUUAUUAUUUUCAAUUUUUAGAAAAGUAAGUUUUUAUUCAUAUAAUAGUAUAUGAGCAAUGUCAUGCUUGCAAUUCAAUCAAUUGCAAUGCAUACAUUUGCCGUUUUUCCCAGAUGAACUGUAGAUUAUAUUCAGUUUUCACAAAUCAAAGUAACUUUCAUUGACAACUCAUUUUACAAGCGUUAAUUAUAUUCUAUAUUGCUUAACCAAGGUUUCAACAGUUUUGUAUUACAGUUGUCAGUUGUUCUGCACUUGCUUUUGGCUGCUCCCAUUUUUGAGCAAUGUAUUAUUACUGGCAGCCAAAUGUAUUUCCUCUGCCUCGGGUUUUUUGCUCCAGGAAUUGGUUGGUCUGUGUACAGCAACAUGUUAUUUAAAUUUUAAAAGUUGUAUUGCCAAGUAGCAUUGUAGUCGUCUACUAAUUCGCUCGGUGCAAUUUUGUUGGAAUCAGUUAUUUCCUAAACCUUUAAACACCAAUAAACUAAAUAUGAAGGUA